UUAAAAAUGCCAUGGUCCUUUGUCAAUUGGAUGAAAUUCAAAAGUCAAACAACUUCAAUUAUUAUUAUAGAUCAAUAAAAAACUUAACUGUAAGAGAAAAUUAUUUAGAUAUUUGAAAUUAAUAAAAGAAAAAAAAGAUUAAAUAUGAACCAUGAACUUUAGAUUUAAACAUGCCAGAGAAAUUUUAUAACACAACGAACACAACCAAAUUAUUAUUCGUUUGAUUCUUUGUCUCUUGAUAGUGGAAGGUUAUGAUACGUCGCACUCCGCGCCGCCGAAUAUCGCCUCGCACCAAGCGCAAAUAUCGAGCCAUAAAGGACUUCGUACGAAGAGCAUUCAGAACUUCAUCUCAGUGGGGUACUAAAACAAGUUCAAGUAUCGAAAUUAGCGUUUCAGAUCUGAAAAACAAAAUAACAGACAUAGAACAGCAGUUAAACAAUGUCAGCAAACACUGUCAAGACAUAACUUGUCUCCAGAACAGUUUCAGGAAGGAAUCUCAAAAUUCUUUACAGCAGGUGCAGCGGGAUGACGGAUCCAUAAACAAACAAGACACAGAUGCUAAUGAGGUAGAAACAAAACUUCUAUACAACUCUUUGGAUAGCCAACAUCGCAAGUCUGAUGAGAACCACAAAACCGUAUACGACAAUCGACAUGACGAUCAUACAACAGCUGAUAUGGCAUCUGAAAAUCAAAAAAACACCCACAAUAUUCAAAACUUUCAAUUUAAACAAAACAGUAACGAAUCUCGAAAGAAAAGGCGUGAAAAAAAUGAUAUUGAUUUGGUUGACCCAUUAAGAACAGUCCCAGAAAGAACACGUUCAAAAUAUGAAACAAUGACACCUAUUUAUUCAACUAGCAGCUUUCAGUCUUUGGUAGAGUCGAGAAAUAAACAAUAUUCAAAACCUGGUCCUUCCAAUCAUCGACAUGAAAAAAGACACUCGCGAAAAGAAUUUACCGAACCGUUUGUUUUGAACGAUGAAAGAGACAGAAAAACUGUUAGGAAUCUUUUAAGAAAUUACAAAAGAGGAGAUGAUGAGCGAUACAAAACGAUGAGAACUAAACGUGUUUAUUCCGAAGUCGAUAAAGACUUCAUAGCUGAUAUUAUAAAAAGACAAUAUAGACCUGUUAAGUUAUUUGGUAGGAAAAACUCGGAUUUUAGUCAAUUUUCUGCCCCCGUGUGUCGUGACCAAGACUUUACAGAACGAGAUGAAAUCCGAGAAGGUAUUAAACUAUGUUCAUGUUGCUUUGAUGAAUGCAGGAGAAAGAAACAUCGCUAUGUUCGUCACACCGAUCUCAGUGACAUGAAAGGCAUUUGCGACAAGCGUCUCUAUAGUUCCAAGAAAUACAGAAGACAUAAACUUGAAAGAGUAGACGAUUAUAAUAAUUCAGCUUUAUAUGACGUUGUCCCUGUAAGAGAAAAAUCAAGCCCAAAGACCAGGAGAAAAUUUACAGAAGAUAAUAUGAUCGCAUAUCAAUGUUUAAAAGAAGUUCCACCCUCUCCGAGAAGUCAUAGACCGAGACUCAAUUUAAAAGUACAACAAUAUGCAGACUACGAUGAUUGCGUAUACUCGUAUAACAGAAGGCGUCAGAGCCGAAGAAACUCACCCACGCGUGAGUUUCGAAAGAAAGCCACAAAUGUGACAGAAAGUGACGUCUCUUCUGUUUCUUAUUCCCAAAGAACACGGGCAGAAAUCCUCAAUAGCGCAAAGUGUCAGAAACCUGUUCCAAUUCAUGAAGACGUUGGAACAUUGAACAGUUUUCAGUAUUCUAAUUUUGCCAACGAACAUUUGAACAUACCAAACAAUGACACGACAUUAAACACACAGUUGACAGAUUUAACCGCAGAUAAAGCGGAUAAGACGCUCUGCGAAAUCAAAGACAUAUUGAAAACAUUUUUGCUCGAAAUUAAAAAGGAAUCGAGGUAUAGUGAUAGAUCUAAUAGUACGAGUAAAAUUGAGACCAAACAAUCGACUCAACAUGAGGGUACAAAGACAAACUCCAACAUGAUACCAAAUAGUGGAGAAAGUUUUAAUAACUGUGGCAUCGGGCAAAGUGGUUUACCGCCCUAUUUGCCGGCCUUUCCAAAUCUAUCCUGUUACCCCAUACUUCCAGUAUGUCCUAUACACUGCAUGCAAAACGGCUACAUAGUACCGAGUCCUAGUUACACUUGCGCUGUAUGUGCUAAAAGUUCAAAAGAGCACGGCUGUCCUGAUAAACAAUCGUCUCACAAUAACAAACCCCUUGAAGAAGUUAAUACGAACAACGAAACCCAGGAGCUCAUUAAGGAAAUAUACAAAUUUGUAUCCCAAAAACCAAAGUCACCCCGGACAGAAGAAUAUGGCAAUGAGGAUAGCGCUAGAUCAAAAAAUGAACGUUUGUUUGACAGAAAGAUCCUUAGUAAUAAAUACGUAGGCGGCAGUAAUAAAGCUUCAAAACAUGAUGCGAACGUUGGAACACCACAUCUGAAGUACUACUCUAAAAGCUAUGAAGCGAUUAGGUCAAAAACACCUUCAGAUAAAUAUAAUACUAACGCUAGCUACUCAGAUACGAUAUUAGAGAAACUAAACUUGGAAGCGACCCAGUCUUCGACUGAAAACGAUUCAAGUACAGAUGUUCCAGAAGAAAAGGUCAAACGAGGCAAAUUAAGAAAAGUUUUCAAUCCUUGGAGACUGUUCAGAAAGAAGAAAAAAGACCUGAUUGAGGAAAUGAGCGAAAGCGGGAGCACUGUGCCAGUGGAAGUGAAGCCGAAGCCUCCCUUCAAGCAGCGCAUACAGAGCUAUGCGAUGCACAGCCAAGAGUACUACCACCCACCGCCGAUUCCCCACCCACACUGCUGUUCUCCUCGCUAUGAUUGUUGCCACUACGAGCCGAGAACGAAUUAUCAGCCUCCGUCACCUCCUGACUUCUGUAAUUAUAGUCCACACCAGCACGACCACGCUCCCGCCCCGCAUUACCACCCGAAAUACCCAACAGCACCACCUUAUCCUAACUACAACCAGAUUCCCCAAGUUCCUCUAUGUCUCAAAGAGAUCGAAGUGAAAAGCAUAGGCACUCAGAGUGAAAGAAAAGUGUCUAUUUUUCAGAAACUCGCGAAGAAGAUACCAACAGCAGUACAACAGCCAGCACAAGAAGCCUUUCGACACAACGCUCCCGUUAAAGAGAAGUCAAACUUUUGGAAGAGUUUACAAGAGAACGCUAAGCAAGCCGACAAUGACACCAAGAAUUUUUCUCUGAAAAUGCAAAUGCAACUCGCACAAGGGGAUGUGAACAUGAAAAAUGCUAUGAUGAAGAAACUGUUUUACAAAAGAAACCCUUUCUCGCCCAAGAACUUGAUAGUGCGAACUUUACUCGGGAAGGACAAGUCUAGCUACGGCAAACCUCCGAAGAUGUACCGACCUCGAAUGUUCAUAUGACGUGUUUUGUAUCCGUGUUUCUGUUAAAAAAGCGUUUUCAAUUGUAAGUGUUGUUGUAGUGUUGUAGUAUUGUGUUGUUUGUCAGACUCAAGAUGGUCGUUAAUAUACUUAGGAAAAUAU